UUCUUUCUGCAAGAUGGAAAAUGCAUUGCUUUUGUGUAUAUUCGUGUCCCAUUGGCAUUUCCUAAAUGCUUUAUUCACAGUUGAAGUUCCCCAGCCACAGUACAUUGUAGAAUAUGGGAGCAAUGUGACCAUGGAAUGCAGGUUUCGAGUGAAUGGUCUCUUAAAGCUUCAAGAUUUAAGUGUCAUUUGGGAGAAAAAAGAGGAACAUACAAAAGAGGUUUACAAACUUCACAAAGGAAAGGAAAACUUUAAUAACCAACACAGCAGCUACAGCAGAAGAGUAAAAUUGUUGAAAGAUAAACUGCAAUUUGGAAGGUCUAUGCUUCAGGUCACCAAUGUAAAAUCUACAGAUGCAGGGACUUACCUCUGUCUCAUUGGCUAUGAGGGAGCUGACUACAAGACGAUCACUUUGCAAGUGAAAGCUCCUUAUAGAAACAUAACCAAAAGAACUGUGAUUGUCCAGAGGACUGCAGGACAGAACGAAUGGGAGUUAACUUGCCAGUCAAAAGGGUAUCCUAAGGCAGAGGUCAUUUGGCAUAAUGGGGAACAUCAAGACUUCAGUGACAAAGCAAACACAAGUUAUGAAACAGGAACUGAUCAACUGUACAGUGUGACAAGCACACUUAAAACCAACACAAGUACUAAUGAGACUUUUUACUGUAUAUUUUGGAACAAAGAAUUUAAAGAAAACACAUCUGCUAUUUUAAUCAUACCAGAUGAUACAGUGGAUAGUCAAAGGAUUAACAGUAGACACUAUUUUGUAACAGCUGGGGCUGCGUUGGUUCUCUUUGGAUCAUCGCUUCUAUUUAUGCUCUGGGUAAAAAAGGCUACAAAAGAUCAGGACAGGGAGACUACAAAUAAUGCAGCAAUGAAAGUGAUAAAAUUAUCAACAGAUGAGGAAGAGGGCGAUUGCAGAGAGAUUUCUCCUGAGAAUGAAGAAUUGGAAAAUGUACGAAUUGAGGUGACUUAAUGCAGAAUGUUUUCUUCCUUCACUGAAUAUGUUCUAGAGCUCUGGAAGUUUUAUUUUAAAUACUAUUUUAAAAUGUCCUGGUCUGAUUCUCCUUUCAUUUACACCAGUGUAAAUUCAGAGUAAAUUCACAGAAGUUAAUGGAGUUAUCCUGAUGUAAAACUGAUCAGGAUCUCUGUGUAUGUAUUUGUAUUUAUUUAAGUUCCUACAUGUCUGCUUUGUCCAUUAUGCCCGUUUGUGGAUGUUGUUCAGUUUUUUAAAUACUUCCAUCAAAAAAGAAAGCACUUUAGGUCCCUACCCUAAUGCAUUUCACACUUGUUUUUAAAAUAUUCCAAUUUUUCUCUGAGCUAUACAUUCCCUACUGAGACUCUAUCACUUCCAGCCUCCAUGGAUGAAAUUGUCAUCUCUUUGACCUACACAAGGAUAAGGAAGAGACUGAAUGUCAUGCAUGUGGGCCACCAUCUCUCCUCAUUGCAGAUUUUAAGAUAUUGGCUAACGUUCAUCAGUUAGUUAGUUAGUUCAACAGAGAAAAGGCUGUUUAACCCUCUUGUCAAUAUCACGAUUCCUCCUGGGUUGGAAGUCUGCAGAUAAUCUCUUGCACUUUGAAGAUGCUCCAGAGAGUUAGAAGUUCUACUGUUUACUGUUACUAGGGAUAUAGUUGGCACCACCAGUUUGCAACUGGUCAUUAUUCUGAUCAACCCUCUGAAAAGCAAGACUUUGGACCUUCUAGAAGAAUAGCCUAUGGAGUAGACUCUUUGGAAACAGUUGAGAUGGAACGUCUGCUAUUCUAUGAUACAAAAUAAACUUUCAUGAUUUAGUUGGGGAUUGGUCCUGCUUUGAGCAGGGGGUUGGACUAGAUGAGGUCCUUCCAACCCUGAUAUUCUAUGAAAUCAUUUAGCAUGCAUUUUGGGAGCACUUUCGAAUUCUAAGUAUCAUUAAGCUAUGGUUUGGUUAUAUUUUGCAAGAUACCUACUUGUCUUUACUGUGUCUUUAUUUUACUAUGUCAUAAAUUAUUAGAAUUAUUUAUUACAAUAAAAAUUCAAAACUAUAUUUUUUAAUAAA